CCUAUGUUCCUUUCCUUACCCAGUUCUAGCCUCUUGUCGACAGCUUCAACGGGAGGCAACAUCAUAUCUACUGGUGGCAACAACGCUACAGAUCUCAGGUACGAUGAAUGAGAUGGCCUCUAAUAUACCUCGAGCCCUACUCUCUACAAUUCCACGAGUCGUUAUCUCGAACGCACCACGAUCAUGGUCCAAAUCGCCAUUGCAGCUCGACAUGUUCGACUCACUCAAGAUCCUGGAGUUGCGCAACAUCACGAUCUGGUGCCAAUACCAUGAUGACGAGUACCUGAAAAGUCUCGAGGGUGAUGAAUGCAUGAUGGGCCUGGCCUUGUUUAAUCUGAACCGUAUCAGCCCGCAGCUCACCCAACUGUGCGCCGAUGGACAGCGGAAAUUUCAUAUACUCCUCAGCUGUCAGUUUGUGGCCUCGUCCAUGACAGGAGAGACAAUUCAAGCCGUCAUCGACAUCGACCAGAGAAAGGUAUUGCAUAAAUCCAGCGGGCCUGCAAUCCGCGAUAGACAUGCAUGGGCAGGCUUCUAUUGACACAGGGAACUAUUUGCACUCAUAUCGUUGUAGACAUAUACGACGACUGUUGCGACUGGAUACCCUUGGGCGGCGGUACUUUUGGGCGGCGAUUUAGGAGCCAAUUCUUUCAAUUAUAUUAUAAAGCUACGAGAAUCAUCUUCGCAAUCGACCAUUGGAUAUAGAAAACAGGA